UUUUUCCCAUUUUAUUUGCAGAAAAAUUUGUCAUCACAAUAUUGUGUUGAAAGGAUUUUUUUUACAAAAGUAGAAGCAAAAUGAGUUCUUGUUGUUAUUGCUGCUGCUGGGCAUCAUCAUCAUCAGCAUUGAGUGCAUUAUUGCUAUUGCUGGUGAUUAUGAUUAUUGGUGGUGCUGCUGAUGGAAUCAGUGUUGUUGUUGGUGAUGAUGAUGAUGGAAGGGGUUUAAGUUCCAAUAUGGAGCAAUACCUUCUCUGUCCUCACUUAUUGUCUGUCAAGUAUGGCAACUCUUCUGGAAAAGACCAGCCUGAAGAUGCAAGUGCUGCAGCAGCAGCAUCAUCAACUUUGCCAUCCUGUUUCUUCCGUGGCAUAUGGCUCCUCAGGGUACACAGCACUGAAGCCUCAAACAGUGACAAUAACAUCCAUCAGUACUUGUUAGCUGGGUCAAAGCACUGCCAAGCCAGGAUUCAACACCACAAAAAGGUGAAAGAGGCCACUGCAAAAAGAUUUGGCUCAGUCAAAGAUUGGAUGACCAACAGCAGGAUGAUUGUCUUGUUUCCUGAGAAAAAUUUCCAAGGAACAGGACUGGAAUUGAGACUGGAAAAGAACAAUUCCUUCAGUGCGGAAAUGGUUGCCAGAAAGGGUGACUUUUACCCAAAGUCUUCCAUCAUCAUCAACUCCAACUGGAACAUUGAGAAUGUGGAUGGUGACAUGUUUUGCCUGUUGGGAGAAGGGGAAUUAUCACUACUACCAGACUGGGCAUCUGAAGAAUACAAACCUGGCCCAAAUGUCAGCUUUCCCGCCAUUUUCCCAGGCUGUUACAGAAGGCCACUUGCUGUCAACAUGGAACCAGAAGAGGAACCCUGGAGGGGAGUUCAUUUCUGUCAUGUGCUUCAACUCACUUGAUGCCAGUUUGUUCCUCAACCAAAAACAAACAAAAACAAUGAUCCAAAUAAACACAUCAUUCCUUGCUUCAAAUACUUUGCAAGACUAUCAUAUUUACUCAAGUACCACACACACAUUUUCUCCACCUCAAAAUUGAAAAGAAAAAAGGGGAUGCGCAUCAAAGGCAGUCACUGAUGCUGUGCAAAUGAAACUUAAAUGGAAAAUUUCAACUGCAGUGUUUGCACGAAAGAUAUGCA